AGCUCUCUCUCUCUCUCUCUCUCUCUCUCUCUCUCUCUCUCUCUCUCUCUCUCUCUCUCUCUCUCUCUCUCUCUCUCUCUCUCUCUCUCUCUCUCUCUCUCUCUCUCUCUCUCUCUCUCUCUCUCUCUCUCUCUCUCUCUCUCUCUCUCUCUCUCUCUCUCUCUCUCUCUCUCUCUCUCUCUCUCUCUCUCUCUCUCUCUCUCUCUCUGUGAAAGUAAGAACAAUCUCAAUUAUUGCUAAAUAGAAUGAGGCUGAUUUAGGAUGAAAAGGGAAUUAUGGAUACGAGUGAGGAAGGAUAAAGUGAAAAUUACAUAAAAUGAAUGAGGGGGAGAGAGAAAGAGAGUGAGGUAUCACUCUCGUGUCCCUUAUUUCAGACAGCUAAGGGAGGAGGGUAAUUGACAGGGAGGAAGAUGAAAAAAGGGAGAGGAAAAGAAAAAGGAAGGAAGGGACAGAUGGCGGAUAGGUGAGCAGCAGCUCGCACAGCUAGUGAGUUAGUCUUGUGAGUUUUAGCUUGUUAUUCUGAUUAAAUUUUUAUAAAAAUUUUAGUUCUCUCACAAAUGAUGAGUUUAUCUUGCCAGUUUUGGUUUGUUAUUCUGAUAAAAUUUUUAUUAAGCUUCCAGUGCUCACAUGAGUGGCAAGUUUGUUAUUCCAGUUUUAGUUUGUUAUUCCACUUAAAUAUUUAUUGAAAUUUCAGUGCAUUAUUGCAGUUGUGUGUUAUAAUGACCAUGUCUUGUCUCAUACCCUACUGUAUAUGUGUGUAAUAUAUAUAUAUAUAUAUAUAUAUAUAUAUAUAUAUAUAUAUAUAUAUAUAUAUAUAUAUAUAUAUAUAUAUAUAUAUAUAUAUAUAUAUAUAUAUAUAUAUAUAUAUUUAUUGAAAUUACUUUAGCUUUUUCCAUCUGAAGGUUAGGCUAGAUUUAGAUUAAUUGGGUUAAUUCCAUUGCUGAUUCCAUUAUGUAGAUCACAUUCUGAAAAAAAAAAGGCAUCAACAUUUUUUUUGUCCUGAAAUAAAUAGUCUCAUAAUUAGUA